ACAAAGUCGGGCUGAAACAGACGCGAAAGAGCAGGCCGUUGAAGUGCUCUGUCGCCGACCCAGUUAGCCACAUCGUGGGAUUACAGGGCACCCGGAUCGGUAUUGACACACCGGCAUGAUCGCACAUGUGAUCGGUACCGUACGACAAUAAUCUGACAGUCUGACUUGAGUAUUUUCACGCAGCGAACGGAGCAUAACACCGCCGCGAAGGCCAUGUCCUGUACGUGCUCCUCUGCUGCCAGGCUUCUGCUGGGCUCCGCUCAGAAAGGAAUCUCUUGCUCUCGGGUUCAGCUGUUUGCCCUGAUCAGGCCGGGAAUUCACGAAGUUUACCUGGCUCCCAGAGUCCCUUCGAGAUCGUUCUCGGAGACGUCCGUGUAUUUUGCAUCCAAGGAGGGAACAACAAAGGAUGGCUCUGCAGAUGGCGGAAAGAAGUCAUCUGUUGAAGGCGGUGGUAAAAGAUCUUCUGGAAAUUCGGGGAAAGGAGGAAACCAGCUUCGUUGUCCCAAAUGUGGAGAUCCCUGUACUCAUGUUGAGACAUUUGUCUCUUCGACACGCUUCGUUAAAUGUGAAAACUGUCAUCACUUUUUCGUGGUGCUCUCGGAGAUGGAUUCCAAGAAAAGCUUGAACAAAGAGCCCGAGUCUGCAGCUGAAGCUGUUAAAUUGGCUUUUCAGCAGAGGCCACCUCCACCACCCAAAAAGAUUUAUGCAUACUUGGAUAAGUAUGUGGUAGGCCAGUCCUAUGCUAAAAAGGUGCUGUCAGUGGCUGUGUACAAUCACUACAAGCGCAUCUAUAGCAACAUGCCAACGGGAACCCGGCAGCAGGCCGAGGUGGACAAACAGUCUUCGUUGACACCACGAGAGCUAGAGAUAAGAAGACGGGAGGAUGAAUAUAGAUUUACAAAGCUGCUUCAGAUAGCUGGGAUCAGUCCUCAUGGCAAAGCGCUUGGCGCCUCUAUGCAGCAACAGAUGGACCAGCCGGCUUCUCAGGAACUGAGGGGAGGUGAAGUCCUUGAUUCCAACCACAGUGACAUCAAACUGGAGAAAAGCAAUAUUGUCCUGCUGGGCCCCACUGGAUCAGGCAAAACCCUGUUGGCCCAGACUCUGGCUAAAUGCCUGGAUGUUCCAUUUGCCAUCUGUGACUGUACCACACUGACUCAGGCUGGAUAUGUGGGAGAAGACAUCGAGUCUGUGAUUGCAAAGCUGCUGCAGGAUGCAAACUAUUCAGUUGAGAAAGCUCAGCAAGGUAUAGUCUUCUUGGAUGAAGUUGAUAAGAUUGGCAGUGUUCCUGGCAUUCAUCAGUUGCGAGAUGUGGGCGGGGAAGGAGUUCAACAAGGCUUACUCAAGCUUCUGGAGGGAACGGUCGUCAAUGUGCCUGAGAAAAACUCGAGAAAGCUAAGAGGGGAGACGGUUCAAGUGGACACAACAAACAUUCUGUUUGUAGCAUCUGGUGCUUUUAAUGGGCUUGAUAGGAUAAUCAGCAGGAGGAAGAAUGAAAAGUACCUUGGCUUUGGUGCACCGUCCAACUUAGGCAAGGGGCGUCGCGCCGCGGCUGCCGCCGACCUAGCCAACAGCAGCGGUGAGGUGGACACAGUGCAGGAGAUGGAAGAAAAGGACCGGCUGCUCCGCCUCGUGGAGGCUCGCGACCUCAUCGAGUUCGGCAUGAUCCCUGAGUUCGUGGGACGCCUUCCCGUGGUGGUGCCGCUGCACAGCCUGGACGAAGAGACACUGGUGCGCAUUCUGACGGAGCCACGUAACGCCUUGGUGCCGCAGUAUCAGGCACUCUUCAGCAUGGACAAGUGUGAACUAAAUAUGACUCCAGAUGCCUUGCAAGCCAUAGCCAGAUUGGCUUUGGAGAGGAAGACUGGUGCUCGUGGACUUCGGUCCAUUAUGGAAAAGCUGCUGCUUGACCCUAUGUUUGAGGUGCCACAUUCUGACAUCAUCGCUGUGGAGGUGAACACGGGCGUAGUUCAAGGAAAAUUAAGUCCUAGAUAUAUUAGGGCCCCUGCUAAAGAAACCACUGAUGAGGAAUAUGAUUCUGGGAUCGAAGAGGAAAGUUGGCCUCGGCAGGCAGACAUAGCCAAUAACUGACAUCACUGUUCCGUUUAUGAGCCUCUCAAAACGUCUGACAAAAUUCCACCAGUUAAGAAAACACCCCGUUGGUCAAUCCCAGUAGAAUUAAGCACAUAUAGUUGAGAAGGAGAUUGUUAUUCAGAAGCAAUUUAAUGCUUGGUCCCUGUUUAUUUCUAUACAUUUCAGUAACGAGUUUUAUUAACAACCUUUAACUUUACAUUUGGUUUCCUUUGCUGGAAGACUGUUACCAUUUUUGUUUGUGUACAUUUUAUUUUGUCAACAACUGAAAUUGAGUGUAUAGUUUUUGUUUCAUUAACUUCACUGAAAUGGUUCUGGAACAAAACAGGCAGAGCCGGGAUCAUAGCGUAAAGCAUUUUGCCAAGCUACGUAUCGAUUACAGCUAUAAUUGUGUUAAGAGAAUGAAAUUCUGUGAGUAUCUAGGCUGUUUUUGAUACUUUUUCUGCCAUUGUCCUGACUUUCACAAGCAAACCUCUGAUGGGGUAUAACAAAGCUGAUGUUUUUUUUAGCUACCAAGUUUUUCUCUUCCCAACUUCCCCUCACUUCCCUUUCUAAAGUGUUACCCACCUGGACCAACACGAUUAUACUUAACGUGACCUUUGUAGCUGGUCCUUUAGGCUACUGUCAGUUUAAAUUAAUUUUUAGUAUAUUCCUGUGGAUAGCAAACAGUGGCCGUGCACGACACCAGUCCUUUCUGAUGUAAAAGGAAGCGUAUUUGCAGCGUGGGUCUGAGGGAAUUCUUGUCUGGCUUCUUUCAAACAUUUCGUGCAGUUAUUUUAACGCUAAGGUGUACGACUUUGUGAGCAGUAUGAUUCAAUGAGCCUUCCCGCGAAAGCCAUGAUUAUAUUAAUGCAGCGUUCAGGUCGAACCGCUACGGUUUUUUUAAACAUGUCCCAACCAGCUGGCUGAACUGUGUAUAUUGUGUAUAUUGUUUAAAAAGGAAAAAAAAAAAGUGAUUUUACUUUGAAAACACCUAAUUCUCUUUGAUAUAACUCACGCAAGCGAAUGGGGGCAAACCUAAAAACAUGAACCCGAGGAUGUGACUGUUUACGUACGUAAAUGAGACAUAUGUAUACAAAUACGAAUAAAAGCUUGUUUUAAAUAAA